UGGCUAGCAGGUGGAUUUUCCCGGUCUCCCACAAGUACUGAUUAGAAAUUAGUUAACCACGAAAGUGGUCCUCAAGCCACGACCCCGCUUGUCCCAUUUCCAUGGGCAAUUAAGUAGGCCAUGACAUGGAAACUGUAAUUGUACUAAUCGAUUUUCCAUUUCCACUGAAAGUUGCCGCUGCCGGUUGGAAAAUUGUAAAAUCCAGCCAAGCCAAAUAAAGUUUACUGACCCCCGGCCGAAGCAUAGAAUAGUUGGCACAGCAGCCGGGAAAACGGAGGGGAGGGGAAAGGUGAGCACGAAGGAGGUCGCAUAUAUCGAUUAAACACGUGGAACGAGUGGGUGGGUGGGUGGUUGGGUGUGCUGGCAACACGUUUGAUUACCGCGUGUAAAUAACAACAACCAAGCGAGCGCUGCAGAAGUUGCAAGGACUCUCUCCUUGGAUGUUGUGCAACAAUCACAUGCUACCGAAGCCCCAAUGGAAAAUCCAAAAGACGAUGAACAAAAGCCACCGGCUCCAAGGGCUCAACCGCCGGAAAAACCCGCUCGCAAGCGGAAUCAAGUUAAAAUUCCGCCCAAGAUCAGGGCGCCAAAACCAACACCAACCGCCAUUCUGUGUGAAUUGACGCGCCUGAAGGCGCAGCAAAAAUAUCUCGAAUGCAAUCAAGUCAAGCUGAAUCCCAAUAAUUUUAUACUGAAAGAUGAUGAGGGCACAGAUUCCAAGACCAAGUCUUGCCAAGAGCCAGAAACUGGCCAAAAUCCACGACCCACCAGUUCCUCCACGGCAGAUCUAAUAAGUUUGAUCAACGAAAUCGAACAGGAGAAACUGGUGCUCCAUGAAAAACUGAAGCUUUAUAGCAGCGAAAAGCGUGGAGAACUUCAGGAUAUGUGGCACUUUGUGGCCACCAUUAAGGAGGAUGUCUUUCGGCCAGAGCGUCUUAGCCAAUAUACAGUGAAUGCUCUGAGGGAGAGAAUCGUUGGCCUAAAUGCCCAAUUGUAUCGCUUGGCUGCUAGGAACUCAAAAGAACUCGAAGAACUAAGGCAGCAGUACGCUAAAUUGGAAAAUGAAAAUAAGCUGUUGUGGAAAGGUAGCAUGUAACAACAACUUUGGAUUAAUUUUUUCACUUUUCCUAGAUAAUAUACCAAAAAUUUGUAUU